AUGCCCAAACCAAAACAUUCACCUCAUGAUUCAUGCCCAAUAUGCAAUGGACUAUACAAAUCAUUGACAACAAAAUUACCACCUCACUUAGCAAAAUCGGGUCAAUUUCAAUUUUUAACUAAUUGUUCCCUACUCACUACAGUUAUCUACUUAACAUUAUCAGUUUUUGGAUUAGCUCCGCUAUGGUUAUAUAACUUAUCAUCUAAUUUAGAGUUUAAUGUCAUAGUGUCGUAUUGGUCAAUGGCUCUAAUUUUUCCACAAAUGGUUGGUGAAGCUGAAGUUGAUAGAAAUUUAUUUAUGGAUUUACAAGUUCAUGCAUUUCCUUACUUAUAUUUAAUAAUUGACUCGCAACCUAGUCUCGGUUUAUUUAACUCCUCGAUGUUGACUUGCUUGUAUGUUUUAAUAUAUUGGUUCUAUUUUGAAUGGGAAUGUGGUAAACAUUUAAAUGAUGGUGUGAGUGGAUACCCUUAUCCUUUUUUAAAAGGCAAAAAUUUGGUAAGUAGAUUUUGGUGCAUGUUUAUAUUUGCUUUUAUUGGGUGUUUGAAUUGGUUUGUACUAAAUCUUCGAAGAUUAAUGUAA